GAGGCUACUUGGCCGCCGGGCGCUAAGAUGCGGAUCUCCAAGGCCAACAAAGGCGCGGUGGUGGUGAGAGCUGUCCGGCGGCACCCGUCUCCUCAGCCGGCCAGCCUGGAGAGCCUGGAGGCGGCUUGGAGUGAGAGAGGGCUCGCGGAGGUGAAGCCACCGGAGAGUUCACCGAGCCACGAGGGGAGGAACGGCGAGCCAGGAGGAGCCGGGAACGGGAUGGAAGGUCACGAAGGAGGAGGAGGAGGAGGACCACCGCGGGUCAGGAAGAAGGGGUUCAGACCCCCCGACGUGAGGACCAUCUUCUCCCCCGGAGAGAGGGACCCCAGGGUGGAAGAGGAGUCCGGGGAGGGACACACCUUCGAGGCCGGAGGGGAGGACACCUGGUGUGACUUGUGCUGCUACUACAUCUUCCAGGAUGGGGUCACCUGUGCAGGUUGUAAGUACACGUGUCACGCUGCGUGUCGCGACCGAGUGUCACUGGAUUGUCAUCCUGCAGCUUCCCCCGUCAGUCAGGACCAGAUCAACAACAACACACCGCCACACUGAGUCACACGUCGCCCUCUCCUGCCGUGUGAUUGGCUCGGCCAAAGGGAGCAGCGGUGAAUGAUUGACGGAGAAUAACUGGUGAUGGGGUCCACUUCCUGUCCUGCUGGGAAAG